GGAAAUAGCGUCUCCCUCGUGAGGCUGUUUCCUUUUCACUGCAAACCAGCUAAAGCGCCCCCUCUCUCUCUCUCUCUCUCUCUCUUUCGUGAGCGAGCUUCUUUAUGUACUUCUUCAGGGUCCUGGUGAGGCAUCCCUAGUUCUCCGGGUUUUCCAGCGAAGAUAGCGAAUGGGUGGAGGCGAACACUACCGCGGAUGGGGCUCGGCGGAACAGCCAGCGGCGGCGGUGGCGCCGGAGACGACGUACGCCGAGAGGGAAGGCCGGUGGACGAACUUCGACGACUCGGUGAACGCGGUGUCGUUCGGGUUCGUGGCCACGGCCAUCCUCAUCUCCAUGUUCCUCCUCAUGGCCAUCUUCGAGAGGUUCCUCAGGAGCCGGACGAGUUCGCCGUCGCCGUCGCCGUCGCCGUCGGGUUCUUCUCCUGGCCGGAGCACGACCCGUUUGGACGUGGAGUCUCAAGCGGAGUUGCCUCAGAAGCCUCAUCACCCCUCUUCUCCCAAAAUGAGCGUGUAUGCAAAUGGAGUGUCGGUGCUGAUGCCCGGGGAGCAGAUACCCACCUUCAUUGCGCACCCCGCUCCUCCUCCUCCUCCAACUCCUCCUCCGCCCUCGCAGCCGCCGCCUGCUCCUUGUCCUCGAGAGCCCAUUUCUCAGCCUCUCCAUCAACGGCACGACCAUGCCUUGUACCUCCACUGUCUUUCAAGAUCCAUUGGGAGGUAGCAGCAGAGACCCGUCGACCAGAAACUUGUGGUGUAUAGCCGAUCAGAUCCACUGACACGUGCAUGACGAGACGGACCGAAUCGCUGAUACAGUGUCUCAGCUGAGCAGAUGCUUUCCGAAGCAAGCGAGAACGGUCGAAACAUAAACGCGUGAAUGCUGAUGUACGGUGGUCAAAAGGAACCGCUGAUUUCUCGACUCUCUCUCUUGCUCUUUUCCCAGUUGAUUCUACUUCGGCGGCCACCGAAAAUGUGAAAGGAAGACUCAAGAAAAGUCUUCUAUCACCGAAUGGACCCUCUCGUUUCUAAGUGUCUAGAGAGACCCUUCUUCAAGUUUCUUCUCUUGUUUUGCAUUUGGGUGACGUCUGUACUUAAUCUUGGGCCAGAGGUUUGGACCUUCAGCAUACUUCAAGUAUCAGUUUCGAGUUUAUCAGAUAACUUCGUAAAUGAAUUUCUGGUUCCCGCCUAAUGAGAUUUUCGGCUUCACUGUUCGUAGCUCUAGCUGGAGAUGCUGCUGGUUAAGAUGCUUUUCAUCGGCAAGCUGCAAUAAAAUUAAGGGCAAAUCUGGGGAUGCUCUUUGCUGAA